AUGGCAGAAAUAACUCCGGUUGUCGAAUGGCCGGACUACUCAGAUAAUCCACAAGGAGGCAAUCCUUACACCCAGGACUUAUUAGCACCGUACGACAAGGGGGAUCUGUGCUGGCUCCUCGUGUGCACUAUCAUAUGCUGGUUUCUCACGCCGGCCAUCGGCUUUUUCUAUGCUGGCAUGCAUCGUCGAAAGUCGGCUUUCACCAUGAUCUUCCAGUCCCUGUUCUGUUCAUGCGCUUGCGGCAUACAGUACUGGGUCUACGGAUAUUCACUAUAUCAAGCCCGCACGACUGGACCCUUCAUUGGGGACCUAUCUCUCGCGGGCCUUCACAAUGUCCUCGCGCAGCCCAGCAUGGCCAACUCUGACAUCCCAGAUAUCCUCUACGCUGUCUUUGGCUUCACAUUCGUCACGGCCACGGCGAUGAUCCUUGCUGGCGCUAUGUUGGAGCGUGGCCGACUAGGCCCGAGCAUGUUGUUCUUAUUGUGCUGGACAACCUUCGUCUACUACUUUCUCGCUUACUGGGAAUGGAACCCGUCAGGAUGGCUUUACGAGCUUGGCAUUUACGAUUUCGCAGGCUCCGGACCUGUUCACAUUGCCAGUGGGUUCGCUGCUCUCGCGUGGUCUCUGAUGCUGGGUCCACGUAAAGACCCCAACAGGGAGUCUCUCCACCCCAAGGUUCCACACUUCAGGCCGCACAACCCGUUCUUGGUCGGUCUUGGAACGGUUAUCAUUUGGUUCGGAUGGUUCGCCUUCAACGGUGCUUCAACUGCCAACCUCAGUCUGCGAUCCAUCUACGUAGUGCUAAACACGAACUUGGCAGCUUGCGGUGGCGGUUUGACCUGGGUAGCCCUCGAAUACGCCUUCGAACGCAAAUUCAGUAUCCUAGGGUUCUGCACUGGCAUCAUCGCCGGCUUGGUCGGCAUCACCCCCGCCGCAGGAUUCGUUGAGGUCUACGUCGCGGCCAUCAUCGGCGCCAUGACAGCCGUCUGCUCCUUCUUUGCCACCCGAUACAAGAACUACAUCUCCAUCGAUGACGGCCUGGACAUCUUUGCUCUCCACGGCGUCGGCGGCUUCGUCGGCGAUAUCCUGACCGGGCUCUUUGCCUCAUCAUGGGUACCUGCGCUCGACGGCGCGUCUGGGAAUAGCUACGCCGGUGGAUGGUGGGAUAGGCACUGGAAGCAGAUGGGUUAUCAGUUGGCUGCUGCCUGUUCAUGCGCGGCGUGGAGUUUUACGAUUUCAUGCAUCUUGCUCUUCAUCAUCAACCGGAUCCCAGGUUGCCACAUCAGAGCUAAGGAGGAGGAUGAACUGCUUGGUCUUGAUGCCAAGUACUUCUCUGAUGUUGAGUUCUCGGGAUACGAUAGCGAGAUGCAUGGAUUGAAUGGACUGCUCAGAGAAAAGGGGAGUGGGGCUAGUAGUAUGAAGGUUGUGGGCAGACCGACGACGGGUCCGCAGGGGGUUUCAAAGGUGGCAGAUGGCGAGAAGAUCGCCACAAAGUCGAAAUGA